AUUUAAAAUUAAUGUCCUGUACACAAUACGUCAAUUACAAUUGCGGUUUCUUUGAAAGGGCCCUCUUGCUGCUUAUCUAUUGCAUUUCACAUGAACCCACAGUAGAUGGCAGUGCACGUGCUUCCUACUUCGGGCUGAUCUGUUGCAAGAGGAAGAGAAAGCGUGUAAGUGCAUGAAUGCACGAGCGAGCAAGAGGGAAAGAGACAGAAGUGACCAUGCUUGAGAGAGUAAUUUAGAGAGCAAAAGAGAGGGUGUCAGAUAGUGUGUGAGAGAAAGCCUCCAAGGGAAAAAAAAAAAAGAAAACGGAAAAAAAAGGCAGCUUGUAAGGCACCUAUGUUUGGGUCCUGUGGCUGUUUCAUCUGACACUUCCUGGACUGCUACAAUCCCACAGACAGGGUGACUGCGAGCCGUGUGACUGCAGGCAGCCGGGAGAGAAGGGGAACAUACGGCAGCACUUGGAAGCAUGAGCGACAGAGAACGGAUCAGGCGGACCCCACCGAGGGGGACAGCGAGGGACUGAGAGAUAAACCCCCCACCCCCCAGCCAGCUCUGACUCCAGCUCCAGCCUGCAGUCAGGGGAGGGGAGAAGUUUGGUUUGAAUGCUGCAGCGGCAGAGCUGAACUUCCUGGUGAAAUGUGGUGAUAUGAGUAGGGAGACCUGAGAGAGUGAGAGAGAAAGAGAGAGAGAGAGAGAGAGAGAGAGAGACAGCGGUUGAGAGAGAGUGGAAUGCAGGAGAUAUCUCAGCGGAUUACCUUUCCUCGUGGUGGAAUGGGAAGCCUUCUCUGUGUUGAAGCUCACAGGAAACUUGAAGAAUAAGCGAUUUGGAUAGUCCCUCUUUCAUUUUUUUCCCCCUCCAGUUUUUAUUUUUUCUUGGAGGAGAAAAGCAGUGGAUUGGGGUUUGUGCUGGUUUGUCCUCUCACCUCCAUGGCUUAGUGCUGCUUAUAACUGUUAGCGGUUUCCUUGUUUUGUUUUGAUUUGUGCUCUCUCGCCACUUUGCGAUGAGGACUUUGUGAAUUGGGACCGCUGUGAAUUGGGCCAGCUCUCCCGCGAGAGGAGAGGGUCCCUUCCAGAGAAACUUGAGAGGCUAACCAUGGAGCAACAGCAGAGCCAGGAGGCAGGGGCGGGGGCGGGGGCGGGGUCGGGGGCAGCCGCCGGGGCUGGGCCGGAGGCGCGUCCUGACCCGGAGCCCCGGCGUGAGGGCGAGGACGCGGUCGUCUCCACCUCCGCUUCCUCCUCCAACUCGGAUCUGCCCUCCACCUUCGCCGAAGGGGAGCGGCCGGCCAUUGGCCGCCGGCACAGCGGGAAGACUUUCACCGGACUGCGGCUGUUUGGCAGGAGACUUUGCCUCACUCCCAAAGGAAUCAUCCCGUGCUGGGUUGGCGUUCCCCGACAGAGGGGCGGAUCCAGGAAGAUUAAGCAUAAAGCUCCAGUCUAUAAGAAAGCCAUCGCCAAGUCUGGCCUGCAGCACCUGGUAGCUCAGCCCAGCGCUUCAGCCAUCAUCAAGGGCGACCUGGACCGGGAGAUCCGCAGCACAGUGGACUGGACUGAGAGUGCCCUGUAUGGAGACCACAUCUGGUUCGAGACCAACGUCUCCGGGGACUUCUGCUAUGUAGGAGAGCAGCACUGCAUCGCCAAGACACUGCAAAAAUCAGUAGCACGGAAGAAAUGUGCAGCCUGCAAGAUAGUGGUCCACACCAUCUGCAUCGAGCAGCUGGAAAAGCUCUCCCACAUGGACAUGUUGACCCCAGUUGACAGUCUACCCGAUCCACCCACCAAAGACCCUUCUUUUACAAUAAAUUUUAGGUGUAAACCCUCAUUUAGGGAAUCGGGAUCAAGGAAUGUACGGGAGCCAGUCUUUGUCCGAAGAGUUGUAAAAAAGCCCCGGCCCCUUGUGAGGCUCAUAGGGAUGGCUAACCGCAUGGCGACCGCCUGCGUGACCCAGACCAAGCCCACCAUCGUGCGGCACCACUGGGUCCACCGGAGACGGCAGGAUGGGAAGUGCAGGCAGUGUGGGAAGGGUUUUCAGCAGAAGUUUACAUUUCAUAGUAAAGAAAUUGUGGCCAUCAGCUGCUCCUGGUGUAAACAGGCUUAUCACAACAAGGUGACAUGCUUCAUGCUGCAGCAGAUUGAAGAGCCUUGCUCCCUUGGGGCGCACGCGGCUGUCAUAGUGCCCCCCACCUGGAUCAUCCGUGUCCGCAGACCUCAGACAUCACUAAAGUCAAGUAAAAAGAAGAAACGGACCUCAUUCAAGCGAAAAUCCAGCAAAAAAGGAGCUGAGGAGACCCGGUGGAAGCCUUUCAUUGUGAAGCCUGUGCCUUCCCAGCUCAUGAAGCCCUUGCUGGUGUUUGUCAAUCCAAAGAGUGGGGGUAAUCAGGGAGCCAAGAUCAUCCAGUCCUUCAUGUGGUACCUGAACCCCCGGCAAGUCUUCGACCUGAGCCAGGGAGGCCCCAAAGAAGGGUUAGAAAUGUACCGCAAAGUGCACAAUUUGCGGAUUCUGGCAUGUGGAGGCGAUGGAACAGUGGGCUGGAUCCUUUCCAUGCUGGACCAGCUGCAGCUGAACCCACAGCCCGCUGUGGCUGUCCUACCUCUGGGAACAGGGAAUGAUCUGGCCAGGACCCUCAACUGGGGUGGGGGAUAUACGGAUGAGCCAGUGUCCAAAAUACUCUCGCACGUUGAGGAUGGGAACAUUGUCCAGUUGGACAGGUGGAACCUUGUUGUGGAGCCUAACCUGGAGGCCAGCCAGGAAGAGCGAGACGAGCAGCAGACAGACAAGCUUCCACUUGAUGUCUUCAACAACUACUUCAGCCUUGGCUUUGACGCCCAUGUAACACUGGAGUUUCACGAGUCCAGAGAGGCCAACCCAGAGAAAUUCAACAGCCGAUUCAGGAACAAGAUGUUCUACGCCGGAACGGCCUUCUCUGACUUUCUCAUGGGUAGUUCCAAAGACCUGGCAAAGCACAUCAAGGUUGUGUGCGAUGGCACGGACCUCACCUCCAAGGUUCAGGACCUGAAGCUGCAGUGUCUCGUGUUCCUCAACAUUCCCAGGUACUGUGCUGGCACCAUGCCCUGGGGUAACCCUGGCGAGCACCACGACUUUGAACCGCAGCGACACGACGACGGCUGCAUCGAGGUCAUCGGGUUCACCAUGACGUCUCUGGCAACGCUGCAGGUCGGAGGUCACGGCGAGAGGCUGAACCAGUGCCAGAAGGUUACCCUGACCACCUACAAGUCCAUCCCCAUGCAGGUGGAUGGGGAGCCCUGCAAGCUGGCCCCCUCGGUCAUUCAGAUCUCCCUGAGAAACCAGGCCAACAUGGUGCAGAAGACCAAGCGGAGGACCUCCAUCCCCCUGUUAAACGACCAGCAGCCGGUUCCUGAACGACUCCGGAUCCGCGUGAACCGCAUCAGCAUGCAUGACUACGAGGCCCUGCAUUACGACAAGGAGAAGCUGAAGGAGGCCUCAAUACCAUUGGGCCUUAUCGUCAUCCCGGGAGACAGUGACCUGGAAAUGUGUCGGUCUCACAUUGAGAGGCUCCAAGAGGACUUCAUCUCUUUUCACCCCUCCUUCCAGCGACUGGUACUCCAGGAGGGGGACGGUACAAAAUCGAAGACCCUAUCCUCACAGAAGCUCUCACCAAAGUGGUGUUUCCUUGACUCUACCACAGCGGAUCGUUUUUACAGAAUAGACCGAGCUCAGGAGCAUUUGAACUAUGUGACGGAGAUAUCCCAAGAUGAGCUUUUCAUCCUGGACCCGGAGCUGGUCGUCACAGAGUCAGUCAGCACAUCGCCAGGGAUGCCUGAUUUGGUGGAUUCUUCUGGAGAGCUCCCAUCAGCAAUGCGCCAGUUCGCCUUCCCAUCCUCCUCGUCUUCUCCACCCUCUUCACCUGUCCCCAGUCCGACCAGCCCGCACUCGGACAGCGAGGCCCUGGCUCGGCGACACAAGAAGUCUCUCUUCUCCUCUCACUCCGGCUUCCCCUUUCCUGUAAAGAAGAGGAUCCUGGAGCUCCAGCGGGCCACGCAGCGGAAGCGUAUUUCCAGCGACAGCUCCGUUGCCGAGGCGCUGGCGCACAGCGACUCUCUGAAGUCCACAAAGCCGGCGCUCAGCAGGAAAGGGGCUAAAAUUGUGAGUGUUCAUCGGUCUAACACAACCGCAGCUGAUUUCAAACCAGCAGACAGGUCUGAGAAGACUGCUCUGUGUAACACAGAUAAAGUUUCCCUGGAGGUGCUUAUUGAUUGUGUGAAAAACAAAGACCAUGAGAGGCUAAAGGACCUUCACAAACUGGGGGCAGACCUUUCCAUGCAGGACUCCUCGGGUCAAACCCUGCUUCACCACGCUGUAGAUGUGGGCAGCAAAGAGAUUGUGAAGUACAUCAUUGACAAUGCACCCACUGAUAUCUUGGAUGUAACAGAAAAAGAAAAUGGAGAGACAGUCCUGCACAAGGCAGCCUCGCUGUGUCAGAGGACCAUCUGCCAUUACCUGGUGGAGGCAGGAGCUUCGCUUAUGAAGACCGACCUGCAGGGUGACACACCGAAACAUCGGGCAGAGAAGGCCAAGGACCAGGACCUGGCAGCCUAUCUGGAGAACCGACAGCACUACCAGAUGAUCCAGAGAGAGGACCAGGAAACCGCCGUGUGACCUCUCUUCUAUACCCCCCUCCCACGUGCCAUAAAAACCCAUCCGCAGCCAGGAACCAGCACCGCUGGGGUCUACAGUUGGUCUGAGGAGCACAUUUCACAGUUUUCAGCAGGUGGUCUACCGGCCAAUGCGCUUCCAGCACACGGUCCAUAGCGCCCACUGGUAACGCAGUGUCUACAAGAACUCCUGUCCCUUUUUAUUUUUAUCUUUGUUGCACUGCCAAAAACGUACAAAUAAAAAAAAUUAUAGUGUUUUAAUUGUUUUUUCGGAAUGCAUGAAAGAGCUGCUCCUCUGUUGUGUUGCGUUGUCCUAUUCUAGCGCUGUGGCACAGACAGAAUGUUAGGCUAAUGCUAGAGGAGUUUAUGGAUGUUUCAGGCUUGGGAAAGAGAUUUCUGAAUGUCAAGGUGGUUUUAUUGUUCUACAGAGAAAUUGACCUCUACAAUGGAAAUCUGUCUUCAAACAACACAGAAGUGCAAAUGGUCAUGAACAAAAAAAGCUUGGAUUUUAAAAGGGUAAUUUUUUAGCAGGGAAUGAAGGCUAUUGUCUUUAAAUGCACCCAACAUGCUAUUAGUAUGACUGAAUGUUGCUUUAAGAGAUGGAAAAGAAGCUUAGGCAUUUUUUUAUGAGACUGUUAUAGUUUUCAUUUGUAGUGGUUUGAUGACUUGUUCAUUUACUCAGACUACAGUAAAUUGUUUAAAUCUUGACUCUACCUUAGGCAGAGAUAUUUUACACUGAAAGCUUUCACUGUACAAUUUCAACAUGGAUGAAACCAAUACUGUUCUAAAGAGAACUAUGACUUGUAUUAUUUGAAAACUAUACUACUCAAGUCAGAGUAGAUGUUUAACUUCUAAUAAGAGUAUUUGGUACUGUAAACUCAUAUUAGUAGCUUUCUUUCAAAGCAGAUUUACACUGCUAUUCUUCAUGCCUUGAAUAUUUUUUUAAUUGUAUGGCUGAUUGUUUGAAUUUCUACUUGGUGUACUAAAGUUGUGGCAUAUUUCUUAGUAUAAUCAAAAGUAAAUAGAUAUUUAUAUAAUGCAUAGCUGUGAAAAUGGCAUUUUUGUGUUGUCAUGUUUGUAUUAUAAAAAUGUACAUUUGAUAUAUAUAUUUUUGAGAGGUAGAUAGCUUAUCUUCUUAUUUACUUUUACAUAUAACCAGCCAUUCAAGGCAUCUGUGUUUACUUCUACAGUUGACAGGUGAUCCCACUUUUAAAAAUGUAUUUAUUUUUGGGGGUUUAAUUACUCUCUCCCCCCCCCCUCCCCCAUCUACUGAUGAUAUUGGUGGCUUUCACAUAGUUAAAUAGCUAAGUCUGAGCUAUAAAUUUGAAGAGUGAAUAGUCUUUGUUUGCUUUUCUGCAUAUUUCCUAGACCAAUUAUUCAGGCUGUUUCUUUUUUAUUUUGUAGGUACAGAUUCAGAUGCAACCCAAUUGGCAAAUGAAAGCAUUUACAGGAAACCAGGGCUUUGUGAAACAGCCAUAUAUUAUUUGUGUGAAAAAAGCAAUCCCUGUACUCUAAAACUCCCCCAUUUUAUUAUGUUAUAUAAUGCUAUUUUUCCCUUUUAGCCAUAUCUUGCAAUAUCUCUAAGGAUCUGCUGUAAAUAUUUAGAUUUGUUUUUUUUAAGUUAAGGAAAGUAGACAUUACUCACUGGAAUAUUUAAAAUGUCUAUUUUACUGGCAAUUGAGCACAAUGCAUGAACAUUUUGGCUAAUGCCUUCUUCAGUGUGCAGGGAGUAAUUUGUAAUAUUCCAAUGAGCACAUUUCAAUUCAUUUAUAUUUUGUGUUGGGUUUAACACCCAGUAUUUCUGCUUUGUUUUGAAUUGAGCAUGUUUCAUUAGCUAUUUAUCAGGAUAGAUUUUUAAGUAGAACUUAAUAUCAUUUAAUUACACUUGUUUGAUUUUUAUGUAUGUAAUGCAUAUACAUUACAUAUUAUGAUGUUCACAAAGUCAUUUUCUAAGACUGUCCAGUUGCAAAUGUCACUUCCUUAAAAAAAGAAAAGGCUCAAUGCUUUCUUGUCCUUUUGGACAAUUCAGCAUAUCGGGCAUGUUAUAAUUGGUCAUUUCUACAUGUCUGAUGCACAGAUUUGACAGUCCAUGCCAGUUAUUGAUUAGAAUUUUUUUCCCAAUAGUGUCAGUUAACGAUAGGUGGAUGAGGUCCAUAAACUGCUUAAUAGCAGAAGCUGCAAUAAGCCGUUAGUCAUGACUCUUAUCAGCAAAAUGGUGGUACAGUAGAUCACAAUGAUUGGUUCAAAUCAAGGAGUCACUGAAUUUAAUAGCCCCAGCCAUGUUUGGUUUCAUGAUUUCCCAUUUUCCCAUCACUAGUGUCACUAACAGCCUUUAAAUAGAAUUUAAUUUGAUCUGAUUUGAUCAAUUGGAUAUUUGGUCUAUUGGAUUUGAUCUGGGAAUGAUUUUGACGAAGUGAAUAAAAUCACAACAAAUAAAAUCACAACAAUUAUUUAAUUAAUGGAAAUAUCUGGCCAUUUAAAAAUGGCUCCAGGGUUUCUUCAGGGGUAAUUAGAACAGGAGUAUCAAGUUCAGGUCCCAAGUGUGCUUGCUAUUUCUUCUAACCUUUGGAAUCUCUUUGAAUGGAAACCAACAUCCAAGAAGAUGCCUUCCAUGCCUCAACAAUAGAAGUGGGUACUGUACAUGGCAUUUAAUUUCUCCUUUAUCCAUGGAAUAGUCAUAUUUAAUUACAUACUGUUCAAUGUUAUAGUGAAAACUCGUGCAUAAAAAAGUUUAUAGAAAUUUCCCCUUUUUAACACAAUCAGGAAUAAAUGUAUUGAUUAUUAAUGUCUUUAGUUGUAUUUAAACCACUGAGGCCUGAAUUAAAUUAAUUGAAAAAUUCAAGUUCAGCCAUUACAAAAAUGGAAAGAUUAUAUGUUUACAUUAAGUAAAAGGAUUUGCUUCUGAGAGUCUAGUUAAAUACAUCUUAUAUUGAAUGUUAGACUAAUAGUAUAUCUGUUAAAAAUUAUAUAAAUUUAGAUAAAGAAAAGUGAAUUGAGGACUAUUUAUUAUAUUUGCUUUACAAACACGCACACGCAUGUAUUAUAUAUUUUUAUAUUUCCAUCUGCCUUCGUUUUUGUAGUAAUAUACAGCUAUACAGUUUUGUCUUAAUAUCUUUAACAGCUUCACAUUCACUUGUCACAUGUUAUUGGAGGGACUAUUUUGAACAGCCUUUGUGUUCUUGCAUAUAUUAUCUCUCAAAGCUACCAGAGACUUUUUUCCUGUAACCACUGCAGUGAAAUGUGCUGUUCCAUAGUUUAGUUGUGAAUUUUGCUUCCUUUUUAAGCAUAUUUUUUUAAAUAUUGAUAUUUAAGUGACAACAGAUGUACACAAAUUUUGCUGGCUUUCCAUGAAAUUUCCUGCAUUAAGUAUACAGUAACACAAGUUUUGCUUGUGGGAAGCUAAAUUCACUGAAACCCAUGCUUCUUCUCAGCUGAAUUGCAACCAAGCAAUUUUGGACAGCCUUCAAUGGAUUGAAUUGGUAAAGAAAAAUGUUUCUUCCAUCACUGAAAGGAGAAUUUUUGUAGUUUGGCGAAGUUUAGAGACAAAUGGACCACGAGAGAAGGGUUUUUGUGUGAACCUCAAAUGUAUAAUUCUCUGCAAACUUAUCUGUCAAGUUUAUGCAUAAUGUCGCAAAGCAAGCUAAAAGACAGGUGUUCUGUAAAUUCAUGUGGGUCGAGCUUGCUAAAAUAAAAUGUCCAAGUGUCAAUUCAGAAUAUAACUGCUGUGCACAGUGGAGUGUAAGUCAUUCCAUGUUUCAUCUAGGUAGUAACAGCUGUCAAAAGUUUCAGCCUUAAUUUUGGGAGUUAAGCUGAAAUGCAAAAUCCCAAACAAAUACAUGAUCAGUAUGUAUUUAUCAUACAUACAAGCAAGUCACAUUGCUCUACUACUAAAAGCAAUAUUGCAAGAUAACUCUCUUUAAUGUGCAUUAAAGCAGCCUUAAAGCACAUAAGCAAUACUGUCACCUGUAAACCUCAAACCCUGUGACAUUUACAAGCAACACGUCAAAUUUGGACAUAGCAUACAGACUGAUGGGCCAUGUUGAAUUUCACCCUCCCACCUGCAUCACUCCAGGCCAGUUUAGUCUUGAGCAAUGUCUAUAUUUCCAUGAGAAGCAUGUAAUCUUGCUACCAUUUUUGGUUUGAAAAUUAUAUUUUGUGAUGAAAAAGCUCUGGGGUGUUGAGCUGGCAGUUUAGUUUUGUGACUUGGUUUUGGUGUGUCUUUGAAGGUGGGAAUUAUGUGGAUGUCACUGUAAUAUCCAGAUACAGUAUGGAAUGUUUCAAAGGGAAUCACACAGUAGCCAUGUUUUAAUACAGGCUUGAUGCACAGUGAUUGUCCUGUAAUACAUAGAUAACUACUCUAUAGCCCCUCAUUUUCGUUAAUAACCACUAGGGGCCUCAUUUAAAUACUGGUCUUACGAUCAAAUUAUAUCUUAAAUAGUGGCUUACGCAGAAGACUAAGUAGUAUUUAUAGAAAAUCCCACUUAGACGUGAAUAUGAUCAUAUCUCUACAUAACCUUUACACUAGACAUAAGUCAAUUAACUGCUGGUUAUGUGGAGGUUCUGCAUUUUGUUUGCAGCAUGAAAUUCCCCAGAAUGGACUGUACAUGCUUUAAGAAUUACAUUUAAUUGGUAAUGAUCAUUUUAGGCAUGAAGAGUGAAAGAAAUAUUUAAAUGCAACCUUAUUUAGAGGGGAAAUGCCAUUAUUGGUAAGCGCAUUGACAUUGAAAUUGAAGUUCAUUCGAGAUUUAUAUAUAUCGCAACCACAUUAAACCAAUGUAAACAACUUUUUUCAGUAUCAGUUAUUUUUACUGAUCAAGCGUAAGCACAGUUUGGGAAAUUACCUUCAGAUUACAUUUACUGUAAGUUUGAAUCCCAAGACCAUUUUUGUGAAUGAGGCCCCUGGUUUUUGAUAGAGUUUUUGGGAAUUCAGAUACACCCUGUCAUUUGUAAAAAAAAAAAAAAAAAAA